CUUGACCCAUUAAACACGCCCGAUGUUCUGUCGCUUCAAAUAUUUUUAGAACGGCAGUCGUCGAGUAGUGUCGGUGCACGCGCGGCGCGCGAACGUGGACGGAAAUCACGGGAACUCGCCAUGGCGUCCCGCGGCAUAAGGCGGAAGAAAUCCUCUCUCUCGGAGGUGAAAGUCGCGGUGGUCGGCGCACCCUCGGUUGGAAAAAGUGCUCUGACGGUCCGAUUUCUAACAAAAAGAUACAUCGGCGAAUAUGAUCAUCAACAAGACAGCAAGUACAAGCAUGAAGUGUUACUGGACGGCGACCCGAUCUUGUUUGAGAUCUUGGACACGUGCCCAAAGAGCACGGAGGAUCUUCCAACGCAUGACAUCGCACAGUGGGCAGACGGCCUGUGCCUAGUGUACUCUAUCACGGACCGGCAGUCGUUCAACUUCGUGCGGCGCGCCAAGCAGAGCCUACAGCCAGACGUACCACUCACGCUAGUGGGCAAUAAGGCUGACAUGGUGCAUCUGAGACAGGUGAGCCCCGACGAAGGCGAGAUCCUGGCAAAAGAUUUCGAGUGCAGUUUCCGUGAGGUCGCGGCAGCCGAACAGGUGGUCCAAGUGAGCGAGGUCUUCCAAGACCUGUGCCGCGAAGUACUCCAGCUCAGACGCCGUGCCAAGCACAGCCUGCUGGACCGCAUGCUGGGAACGAAGACGGCUUACCGGGUGUAUUCUAGAGGGAAGAGCGACAGUGCAUUGCCGAAGGAUUAAUCUGUUGUAAAUCGACUUUUAUUUUGGUUUUCAAAGCUUUGGAAGUCUUGGGCUUUCCAUACAGACUAGCUUGCACUUCUUGUCCAAAUUACCUAGGAAAUUUUAAAUAGCAAAAUGAUUUGUUUUGUACAUGGUUAAUAUGGAGGAAAUAUGUGUCGUUUCCAAACAAAAUGUCCCACUUUGUCGCUUGCCAUAAGGACGCUUUGACAGGUUAUUCGUAUAAAGGUACAAGCAAAUCUCCUUCUUGAGCAAUUCUCAAAAAGUUUGUACAUUUCGAUCACAUCUUAGAUUUCUAUAAAAAUUGGUAAGCUGGUAAAUUACAUGAAGCUGAACAACUUCCACCACAUUUCCCAAAAUGUCCCAGACAGUUUCUAAGAAACAUUCCUUUUUUGUUACCAAAUGUGUAAGGAAAUCUGGUAACAAAAAAGGAAUGUUUCUCUCUUUUGCUCUCUUAUGGUAAGCAACGGAGUGAAUGGAGUGGGUCCUUUGACUAGACUUCGACACAUAUGGAUAACAGCGAUGCAAUAUCGUUACAGAAUCUCAAGGAUUAAAUUCUUCAUUGAUUUGCAUUUCCAUACAAGCACAUUUCGCGUUUAAAUUAUUUCUAGAAUGUUUUUGCUAAACGGAAUAGACAAAUAUUAAAUGCUCCAGGCGGCUUAGCACGGUCGCGUUUUUAUCCCUUGUCACCAUGCCUGUCACGUUCUAACAAGUAUGUAAGUGCGAAAGGGACGCGCAUAGUGAUAGUCGAUAAAAAUGGAACCGUGCUGAGCCCGCAGCUUAGCGCCACUUGCACCAUCCCACUAUCCCGGGGUUAACUGAUUAAACGGUUAACCCAGUGUCAAAUUGUACUGGUAACCAUGGAAACUCCAGGUUUAACCGGUUAACCCCGGGUUAUUGUAUGGUGCAAGUGGCCCUUAAGUACUCACCUGCACAGAUCAACAAAUCAGAUUUAUGAUGGAAAAUACAAAAUCCCGCUCUAUGACACUUAUUAGCAGUGAUCGUACAUUUUCCAGCAUUUUUGGUGCAGCAGAGUGGAG